AUGGGACUACUUAUUGAUACUGGUGCUGCGGAGAUCUUAACGGCUGGAUACGCCCAGUAUCUCGCAUAUCGAAAAGUCGCCAAGAAUAUUACGAUUGAUACCUUAACCACCAGAGCAGCAAGCAUCAGAUUCAGUGCUGGUGAACCGUUACAGUCCCUAGAUUCAAUUGAUAUAAAGACCCCAAUUAGCACCGUACAAUUCCAUAUUGUCAAAGCCAUGACACCUUUCCUACUCUGUAUCAAGGAUCUUGACCACCUCAAGGUUUAUUAUAAUAACACGAAGAAUCUCCUUGUUCGCAAUGAACCUCCUUUGACGAAGACCAAUGCUUUCUCACAGCCGCCAAACUAUGUUAUUUAUACCGCCGAUUUGGACAUCCUUCUGUUGGACAACUAUAUAAAACCUUAUUACGCGCAGGCUACAAUACGAAUCCCAAAGUGA